AUGGGAGAUGUGCUGACCGCUCGGCGUUCGCGCGGGGUGGACAAGGAUGACACCUCAGAAGCCCUCAUCAUCGGGCUGCACCCCGCAAUGCAUGCACAUGAAGGGGUCUCCGCGGGCUGUGAGAUGUGCGAGCUCCCAGAACCCCACGACGCCUCAGGAACCUCGUAUCAGGUCCGCGAUGGAAGAUGCGGCAUCUUGCGCUCCUCCAAGUGGGGCCGUGAGGCCCCAUGGCCCGCCCCAGCAAAGAGCUUCACAGACCCCUGA